CAAUGCGUAGCGGGGUGAACCUGCCGUAGCAGCGAUGGGACGAUCACAGAGAAAUGACAGCUUGUGCAGGAAUUUAGGCUGAGCUGCAUCCCAUCGCACACAGGACAGGAGCGCAACUGUCCAACUAUGUGACAGCUGACAUUUCUCCCUCCCGAGGUCUUAUAUUUUUAUUUAUUUUUCUAAAAUCCAAGUAUGGAUCCGGUGAAAUGGGUGGUAAAGUUGACCCGGCGGUGUCCUUUGGAUGUUGCGGUGCUCCGUCUCUAACUCGCCGAUGUCUCAGUGCUUGUUGGAAAUGCUACCUCUCUCUGUGGGACGGUGAGAUCAUUUGCAGCUGUGGGGGAGAAAUAACGGGAGCCGGUGUGAAGGAGAUAACGGAAUUACCUCUCUGACCGAAGAACUGUGUGAGCCGCCGUCCACUCUGAAUUCCUCCAGGAUCUCACCCUGCUGCUGGAGACACUGGAGACUUUCCAGUCAAAUGUUUUAUAGGUAGACUUGUUUUUGCAUGUUGUUUUUGUCGGCUAAAGAUAGAUCACAGUUCAUGCAACUGCACUGCAUGAGCCGUUAAUCCGCACAUGCAUCAAAAACGCUCAGUGUAGCGCUCUGAAAUCGGUAAAUGACACUUUUUAUUGUGAGGAAUUGAGGCUAUUGCGGAUUAAAUGUCCAUAAGGCGGCUCCACAUAAUGUGAGCGUCACCUCCGAGCUGCCAUUAGUCGUUUCUAACUGUCCGCGUGCACUGUCCAGCACAACAUUUUUGAUUAUGAUUCAUGUCACCAGCUGGACAUAGCGCAUUAGCCUUUGGAUGGUCCACAGAUUAGCUGUUAUUGAGAUAAAGCAUCAAACACAAAGAGAAUAUGACGCCAAGAUGUAACAGUAGUAGUUCGUGUUAAUUAUUCAGCUCAUAAUUAACCCGCAGCUUUUACGCACAGCUCUCCAAUGGAUGCAUGUUGCCAAAAGGUCAAGUCCUUAUGUGAUAAAGCGCAUUUAGGAGGCAAUGACUUGUAACCUGACAGCAUGAAAACACCAGUGCACGGAUAAAGGAAAGUUAUUGUACUUGCGCUUGUUUGAUGAAGUUGCGUUUACGCAGCGGAAAGCAUGCGCUCUACAGAUAUGAAGAUUCUCUGAGCCUGCUUUUUCCCUUCUUUUCUGAAAGUUUUGCAUCAAAGAUGCAUGAGACAGUCUGCUGUAAAUAAACUCUUUUUAAUCUGACCUCUGGACGUUGUUGUGGAUUGUGUUGCUAUUUAAUGCAAUGGGCUGUAUCCAGAGUAUCAGGUGUAAGCCCAAGAGUUUCCGAGACAGUAUCAUCGUCCUGGAGGUGAACACUUCCAUCGACCCAAACCCCACCAGCAUCGACGAGUCAUCCAGCGUGGUCCUGCGCUACCGGACACCUCACUUCCGAGCUUAUGCCCGGGUCCUGGUGCCGCCAGUAGCCGGUAAAGAGACAUGGACCAUCGGCUGGAUUCAAGCCUGUAACCACAUGGAGUUCUACAAUACGUAUGGAAACAAAGGGCUGUCGAGUUGGGAGCUACCUGACCUGCGUGAUGGCAAAAUCCAGGCCAUCAGCGACUCAGAUGGGGUGAACUACCCGUGGUACGGCAACACUACGGAGACCUGCACUGUGGUAGGCCCCACCAAGAAGGACAGCAAGUUCACUGUUAGUAUGAAUGACAAUUUCUACCCCAGCGUGACCUGGGGUGUGCCCGUCAGCGACAGCAACGUGCCUCAGCUUAGCAGCAUCCACCGCGACCAGAGCUUUACGACCUGGCUGGUGGCCAUUAACCAGGCCACCUCAGAGACACUUGUCCUGCAGACAAUCCGCUGGAGGAUGCGACUUCACAUCCAAGUGGACCCGGAGAAGCCUCUGGGCCACAGGGCUGUUCUGAACGAACCCGUGGCCCAGGAGCAGCCCCAGAUCCUGGGCAAGAACGAGUCCAUCCCCUCUAACGCCAUGGUUAAGCCUAACGCCAAUGACGCCCAGGUGCUGAUGUGGCGGCCAAAGAAUGGCGACCCCGUGGUUGUCAUCCCACCCAAAUACUGACCUGUUUCACUGACCAGACUGGCCUUGGAUACCUUAACAGUAUCAUCUCUUAUUUGUUGUCUUUCUUAUGUUCCCACUCGUCACCAGCUCUCACUGCUUUAACCCUUUCCUGUCUUUUUUUGUUGUUUUUUUGCCUCUACGUUCUUCUCUCUUACAUUUUGAAAAAGACUGACGGAGAGAAAAACAGGCAGAGACAGACGAAACCAGCUCUGAGAAAAAGACCAGCUGUUGCUCUGAGGUGGGGGAUUGAACACACUUUCAAAACUGGAGCGAACAAACUGUAACCAUUCUACCUUCAAACUGGGUCGGGUCGCACUGUGCUAAAUGAAAUCAUUGCAAACAUGAAAAACGAGAAUUACUUUGUUUUUUAUUUCAGUUUUAUAUUUUGGCUGUCCGGGCCACGUGAUAUGGGGUUUGUGAGCGUGGGUGGAUUGAAGUAUUUUACAUGACCAUGUCUGUGCACGGGCUACAAACAUGGAUAUGCACAAACCUUGUGUAUGAAUACCAGUUGUGUUUUUAUUUAUGGGCUGGGAGAGAGUGCAUUUAAUUGUGUUUGUUGUUGUUGCAUCGGGUGACAUGCUAGAUUUUAGUACUUUUUUUAAAAACAACAUGCAAGACAUUCAAUCCAUGCUGCCUUAAGUUUACAUCGCUUUCCACUGCAAAUUUUUAGCCUUAAACCAAGUGCAAUGCAGUAUUUUGCUCAUUUGUCCCGUCUCUUCCAGAUUGUUGGUGCUGGUAUGUGUGGGUUUAGGACAGGAAGGACACCACAGAAGAAGACCCGGCUUCUUGUAUGUUAUGUUAAAGUUACCUGACAAAUGUAUUGUCUCACGAGUACAACCAGCAUUAUGCGUAGACAGUUAUACAACCAAUCUAACUAGCUGUGUUUCAAGUGCAUUAUGCAACCGAAGAGAUGCUCUGUGCUAAUACAGAGUACACCAGUGAAGCCAACACUUGUCGAUAGCACUCAACGAAAUAACGUGCAAUAACAACCUGAGCAAAAAGUACUCAGAAGCGCUCCUCAGCUACCCUCAUUUCAUUCACUUUAUUCUGUUUAGAGGCAGUUGUAGCAUUCAACAGAACAAGUUUUCCUUUAUCACCCCAUCUCAGGGCCCCUAUUUCACUUCCUUCCCUUCCUUCAUCCAUCCUGUCUGGCCUUCUCUUUCUCACCGCAGUGAGUGACUAAGUGUUUGCAUUGCUCACAUUGAACAAUCAAUACUUUGAUUAAUACGCAGCCACAGACAGGGGAAAUAACUUUUAAUAACAGGAGAGUAAACACAGCAGGAUCUCUGCUGCGCUGUCAGUCCUGACAAUCUUAAUCACAUUGUAUUCAUUAUUGUUGCCUUCCUUUAAAUCAAUAGCAUCCCUUUUCUUUCUGUAAUAUUAAAGUCAAAACAUGCCUCUCAUGUUACGUGUUUUUGUCCCUCUUCUGCAGUCAUCUGCUAUCUUCAUCCACACCAGUGUUCUUCCUCCCCCUCUGCCUUCCCCCUCUUCUUUCUCUCAUUUUUUAUCUGUUGUCGAGGCUGAAAAGCAGAGCAGGAGGCAUGCAAGUUUGAUCCUGACUGCACGGUUGGCAUAUAGAUGACCCACUUCUCUGCCCUGCCAGUUGUAGCUCUCGCUGCAGGAACGUGGGGUUUGCCUCCCUUUAUUUCACCGCCGGCAAGUGUAAGACACAAACACACGCAUACACAAACAGCUCUGGUCAGCUAAAUACCAACAUUAGACGAGAUGAUGCCGGUUAAGCUUUUAUUCUUUGAGAGGGGCUGAGUUAAAACUCUUAAAAGCAGAGAGAAAGGCUGAAUUUGGCAUCAUGGGAAGCCAAAAUAUUUAUAUACGCAUACUUUUUUAAGAGUCUGUUAAUGAGCUCUGUGAGAGUUUGUUCUGUUGAAGGGUCGUUUUUCACUUUCAGAUGUUACAAACAUCUUGCAAGCUCAGUGCGCUCUCCAAGUUCCUGCGUUUUGCCUCCAACCAAAGAAAUAAUUUGCAUGCAAGCCUGAUCUGCUCCUGUAUUUCACAAAGAUCAGUAAGCUUUUGCUGUUUCAGUGUAUAAGCGUUUCCUUACUAUCAACUGUACAAUGAAUUUUACCCAAAAUACCCACAUUUUGAAACAUCUUUUUUAGAAUAUUCUGUCCAUUUAACUUUUUAAAUGAGUUUUUUUGAUUUAACUGAUACUUCUACCUAGACUGUAUAGGAAUAGUUUGACACUUUGAGAAAUACGCUUAUUUGCUUUCAUGCCGAGAAUCAGAUGACAUGAUCGAUACCACUCUCAUGUGUGUACACAAUACGAAGCUACAACCUAUUAGCUUAGCUUAGCAAGCCUGGAAAGAGCCUGGAUUUGUCCAAAGAUACCAAAAACACCUACCAGCACCUCUAAAGCUCACCAGUUAACACAUUAUAUCUCGUUUGUUUGAUCUGUAAGAAACAAAAGUAUAAAAAUGACAAGUUGUGGCUUGAUCAGGGUGUUUCCAGUCUUCAUGCUAAGCUAAGCUAACCAUCUCCUGGUUGUAGCUUCGUAUUUAGCGUAUACCAGAGCGAUAUCAAUCUUUUCAUCUAACUCUCGGCAAGAAAUCAAGUAUUUCCAAAAAUGUUGAGAUAUUCCUUUAACUGUGACUCAAAUGGUUUCAAUGUACAAGCGUACAUUCUCUGCAGAGCACCAUGUGGAUCAAUGCGGUACAAGUCAAAUGAUAUCUAGCCGAACCAGAGCUCAAACAUCAAUUCACGAUGUCCAUCUCUUGCCACCAGCUACACUGCUUUAUAGCCACAUUUUAAGCCCACACAUGGCUUCAUAUUGACACUCCUGCUCGGCUCGGUUCAUGCAUAACCGCGACAGCCUCAGCUUCAGGCUGGGUCGCAGGGUGCUGCGGUGAAGGGAGAGGAGAAGCAAAAGGCUAUUGGGGGACUGCUGUCAUAAUUAGAUCUGCUGUGACACACUUACAUGCCCUAGAUGGACUGAACUGUGCCGAGUCGUGCCAUGCAACGCGAGGGCCAGCUAGAGUCAUGGCUGAGGUUUAAGUGAGGUCAAAUAGCAAAGGUCAGGGUCAAAGUGUUUGUGCACUGGGAGCCGUCAAAGUCCCAAAAUGUCCCGCAGACAGGCGAGCGGCCACGAGGGAAUGAAUACGAAGGGUGACAACAAAUUGAAUCCAUUCAGACAUUAAAGCCAGCUUAAAAUAACAGUGACAUUUACCAAGCGCAACUUGGAUGUCAACCACAAGUUAUUUUAAUUUGUGGUUUGUUUUGAACGCGGCGACCUUUCACCUUACGUAGUAUUUGUAGCUGCCUCGUAAUGUCUUGAGAUGACCUGUAGACUCACUGGGUAGUGCUCAACCUGGAGUACAUGUAAUGUGAUUAAAAUUUGACACGCAGAGUGUCCCACACUCACAACAUGUAUGUGUGUGUGUUGAUGUGAGCAUGUGUGUGUGUGUUAAAUCCCAUUUGAGGGAUUUAGGCAGGAUGAGGAGUUUCACUGAUGUGCUUCCGUUGUUGUUGAGUCAUGAUUCUUUCUUUCUCUGGCUCUCUCACACAAACACAGUUCAGGGAAGGUUAUGUCCUUGUCAUAAAACAGGGACAGAGCUUGCCCUCUCUCUCACACACACAUACACAGACACAAACACCCUGAGGGGAAAGGAGCAGGCCUGGCGUGGUAUCUGAUUGUCACAGCAGUGUCACAUUGGCAGCGAGAACUAAUUUAUCAGCCCGGCACGUGGACCGUCUGAAGACAUGCACAUGCUGCAAAGCCAUAUGCACAAAACACACCUGUUUGCUAAUAAACAAGAAGUGAAACAUGUGUUGUGUAACAUGAAAGAGAAAUGAGGUCUUUGAGUGGGUGCCUGUCAGCUGUCAACAGCAUUUUAUAUUAUAUCAUAGGAUAAGGAUUUUAAUCGUCUUCUGUGUGUGUGUGUCUGGAUCUGUUAAAGAUGUGUUAAUGAUGUGUAUUUUAUGUUCACACAACAGAAGAACUUCAUAAAUGCUUUAUGUGCUUCCUUAACUACGCCACAGAAAAACAAAAGCGCAGUUUGUUUGCUGUAUGGAGGGCAAAAGGUGCCAAAAUUGGACAAAGCCAAAACUAUGCAGUAGUAACUUGUGAAAUCUAAAACUUCCCGGCACUUAAUAACAGGCCUGUUUUAAGUUGUUGUUGUUUAUUUCCAGAGAAACAUCACAAAUGCAAAAUGUAGCCACGUGAAGGAUUAUUUGUUGUAGUGUUUUCUGCUUGUAAGGCCGUGCCAAGUGAACGAAAGCCUCCUCUCCUAAACCCACACCAUCACUUCUGAGGGCUGCUAACCUUUGCUUCAGAUCCUGAUGUAGUUAUCCCAAGUUAUCCCAUCCCAACUUCACACUCAGGACCACCUGCCUUCAUUUUCCUAGCUUUCACUUUUGUUUCUAUCCCAUGAAAAUUCAUCUCGCUGUUCUCCUGACUUCAACAAUGAAAGCAUCAUGGUUUAAACACAACCCUAAAUGUAGCACAUACAGGAAUAUGAGCGACUAUCUGUGUUUCUCAUUCUGUUUGGUUUGAUUUCUGGAAAUGCAACACUGAAACAGUCAAAUCAGUUUGUGUUCCUUUGUUCAGCUUUGACUUCUACACCAAUACUUGAAAAUGGGUCAGUUCUGGCAAAUAUUUAAAACUGUGAAAAUGCACAACACUGGGGAAACAAACCCUGAAAAAAAUAUAUAUAAAAAAGGUCUUUUUCAUGAAUGAAUAAAAUGUACAAAUA